GCUUCUCCGAGCCCACAGAGUUCUGCUCCGUGCGUGCUCCGCGGCUCAGAAGUCAGAACCAAUCCUAACGAGCGAAGCGAGAGCUGGCGGAGAGCACAUCAGGCGACACAUCCAGCUUGUCAACGCCGCGCUCUGUCUCCGUUAAUAAUCAUCUCAAAUCCACGUCUCUUCUGCUCUCCUCCCUGCCACUCCCCUCUCCCUACCCACGGUCGUCGGUCGCCGCUCUGCGUCGGCCCCCUCCCAGCUCUCGGCUGCCAUCGGCCGGCCAUCCGAAGACUCUGUUCUAAACGCGCGAGAGUAUAGCAGCUUGCUUGUCCGGACAGUUUCAGAACGAGGUUCUUUUUGGGAAAAAAGAUUGGUGUUCUUUUGGUACGUCUCUGCUGAUUGCUGACAAAAUGAUCACUAGAGUUCAAGUUACUUUUCUAAUCAGUCUUGUGCUUUGGUGCGCUACAAGCUUGGCUUUGGACGAUGCUGCUGGUAUAAAGACUCCUAAUGCCGGCACAGUAUCUCCAGCAAUGAACGAAAAUCCACAAUUAUGCCAACUUUGCGAGGAGUUUGCCUCAGAAGCCCUCUUCUAUCUUAAAGAAAAUGAGACCCAGACUGAAAUCAUUGCUACACUGCACCAAGCUUGUUCAAAGUUUCCUUCUUUUAAGCUGGAGUGCACAAGGUUGGUAGAUUAUUAUGCCCCGCUUUUCUUCACAAAAAUUGCUUCUUUAAGCCCUGAAGACUUCUGCGUAUCAGUAAGUUUUUGUGCGGAAGCAACAUUCAUUCGUCUGCCAAGACAUGAAGAUACUUGCACCCUUUGCCAUGAGGUUGUUGAUGAAAUUGUUACUAAUCUUGAAGAUCCAGACAUGGAGCAGCUUAAGAUAAUUGAGAUACUUCUGAAAGGAUGCAACAAUGCAGAGAAUUUUGUGCAAAAGUGCAAGAGGUUAAUCAUCCAAAAUGCACCAAUCGUAAUGGAAUAUAUCAAGAAGUUCCUUGAGAAGAGGGAUUUCUGCAAUUCUAUCCAUGUAUGUGGAGGUAAAACUGUUCAUGCUGGAGCACAAGUCCUCGGAAGCCUUUCUUCAGCCUGAAGUUCUGAAAAUUUUUCUGAACAGUAUUGGCUCGCGCAGCAGAUAUCGGUGUACAUGUAAAAUUGUAAACAGAAGUUCAUGCAGUGUACAUCCUGGGCAACGAAGACUGUACAGAAUUGGUUAUGUACAUGUAAAAGGAAAAUGAAUCUGCUAUGGAAAGAUACAAACCUCCGCGUGAUAGUUGUGCCACGUAUAUUGUACAUUGAUCAUGAGCAAUUGAGCAGCUGUAUAUUUAAGUUGCAUAUCAUUGUACUUCAGAGAUCAUAGUGUUUCUUGUAUAUGUAAUAACGAGUAAUGUAACUGUGAUAAUUAUGGAGCACAAUUAUAAAUCCGAUACCAAGUGCAGCUUGACAUUUUCAUGA